GGGCCUUUAUAUUCUCAGCCCAUUACUCCCUUCUCCUCCUUCCGUUCCGGCGCCGCCCCCUCCCUCCGGCCCCCGUCCGACCUCUCCGCCACCGCCCACCCUCUCCCCUCACUGCUCGCGCACCGACCGCCGACGCCUUCUCCUGUACCGGACGCCUCGCCCUGCAGCCGCGCCGGUUGAAGGUCUUCUUCAAGCUCCCUGCAACCGCGCCGAUAAGGAGGAUGGCGUUACCCCGACCUAUCCUGCCUCUGCCCGGUUGAAGGCCUUCUUCAAGCUCGCCGUCCGGCCACCCUCUGCUUCGUUCAAGGUCGCCUCCAACUCCCCUCCUCCGCCCCCAGCUCGCUGCUGAGCUGUGCAAAGGGGAAAAGACGUUACCGCUUUCUCUGAAGAUUUGCGUCUGUCCGGUCUUCCUGCAACACAAUCGAAGAAUGGCUUGGGGUCAGCUUGCUGGAAGACCCGCAAUAGGGUUCCUGUCUCGUGCUCAACAGCUGGCUGCUCAAAGGUUUACUUCUGCGACAUUCCAAACUAAUCCGUUGAGCGAUCAUCUUCCAGAAGAUGGCAUGUUUCGUAGGAGCUUUAGCUUAGCGGUGCCUGCUUCAGAGCAAAUGAACCUCAUUAAGCAACUCCGAGAAAGAACGUGUGCUCCGAUCAAAGAUGUCAAGGCUUCGUUAGUUAGUUGUGACUGGGAUAUUGAGGCCGCACAGGUGGAUCUAAGGAAGAGAGGGGUGAUUCUUGCUGCCAAAAAGUCAUCACGGACUGCUGCCGAAGGUUUGCUUGCUAUGGCAGGAGAUGAUAAAAGGGCUGUUGUGGUUGAGCUAAACUGUGAGACCGACUUUGUAGCAAGAAAUGAUGUUUUCCAGUAUCUGGCUUCAUCCUUGGCAAAGAUGGCUCUGUCAGCUCAGGAUCCCGGGAAAUCAGUUUUUCCUUUUGCUCCUGCAUAUUUGGAGAGCAUGAGUAUUAACCUAGAUCAUCCUAAACUCAGUGGUGAAACAACUGUUCGGAAUGCUGUUACGGAAGUUGCUGCCAUGGUUGGGGAGAACGUAAAACUUAGAAGAGGUUUCAUGUUGUCCACGACUGCACAUGGUGUUGUUUCAUCUUAUCUGCAUACCUGUCCUCAGCCAGAUCUGGGUCGCGUUGCUGGAUUGGUCACUUUAGAAGCAGAAGAUAGCAGUGCUCCCCUUGACGCUCUCAAGAGAGUUGGGUCAUCUAUCGCAAUGCAUAUUGUUGCAGCAAGGCCAUUAUUCUUAUCAAAGGAACUGGUUUCUGCUGCAGCUGUGGAAAAUGAACGUGAUGUGCUCCGAACUCAGGCUGAAAGAUCAGGUAAACCCCAAAUGGCCAUAGAGAAAAUGGUGGAAGGCCGAUUGAGGAAGUAUUUCGAAGAAGCUGUGCUUUUGGAGCAAAAGUACGUCGUUAAUGACAGCACAAACAUUAAGACGCUGCUGAGUGAUUUGUCCAAGGAGGUUGGCUGUAAAGUAACGAUUGGCAACUUUGCCAGAAUGGAAGUCGGGGAAGGAAUCGAGAGACCUGAAGAAUGAAGAAUCACGUGGGUCAGAAGCUACGGCUCAUGUUGCAAGCUUAGAUGAAUCAAAUGCGAUGAUUGGGAUAUGUGCGACGGUUCCUUUUCUACAGAGAAUUUAUAUGGGUCCUCAUCUUUGCUCCAAUGGGAUGUGCUCUCUACGUCCAUCAAUUCGAUAGAAGUUUGCAAACUGAGUUUACGACACGACAGCAAAUUGUAUCAAACUGAAUAAUGUGCAAUCCGUGCAAAAGUUUGCACGAUGCCGCCAAAUGCAAUGGGAUAUGUAUUGUUUACAAUU